AGAGACCCACUGGUAGGGGACGGGCGGUCGUGGGCUGUGAUAACGGGUGCGACGGACGGCAUAGGCCUGUCAUAUGCCCGACAGUUGGCUCACAAACGCUAUAAUCUAUUACUCAUCUCUCGAUCGGCGGAUAAACUCGAAAAAGUGAGAAACGAUUUACAAGUAAUACAACAGCCGUUAAACACAACCACAAAAGUAUUGGACAUUGACUUCACAAUCAAUACCGAUGAAGUGUACGAUCGCAUCGGCCGAGAGGUACGGGUGUUGGACGACAUACAUGUGCUCAUCAAUAACGUGGGAAUGGGAUACCCGGACGGUCUGCCCGUAUAUUUUGUCGAACAGCCCGAUGUGGAGGCGUUUAGUCGCGAUAUGAUUAACGCAAACAUAGUCUCGUGUACUCGACUUACAGCACAGAUAUUGCCUGCAAUGGUCCGCAGGGGUCGAGGAGUUGUGGUCAAUGUCUCUUCCUUUGCCUCAAACCUACCCAUACCUCUGAUUGGCGUCUAUUCCGCGACCAAAGCAUAUAUGGAUUACUUUAGCCGAGCGCUGGAGGCCGAGUGCCGACACACCGGCGUUAUCGUACAGUCGCUGAUACCAAACGUUGUGUUAACCAAAAUGAACGCCAAUAUACGAGAGCAGCCGUCUAUGAAACGCUUGUACCCAACGGCCGAUGAGUACGUAAAGCAAGCGAUCCGUACGGUUGGCCGUCAGAGUCGAGCGCCCGGCUGUCGGUCCCACUGUAUAAUGCAGUGCUGUUUUGGUUUUCUCCGAUUCAUAUGCGAUAUAAUAGGCGUUGAAUUGGAUUUAAUGAUUAUUCAAUAA